CUGGGCGCCUUCUUCAUCCUCAGCUAUCUCCUGAAGUUCGUCGAGCCGCAUGUCUAUCCAUUCGGUUGGCUGAAGUUGCUUGCACCUGUGGCUGUCAUUCGUUGGCUUUUGGCUUAUGAAACAUUUACAAAUACAGCAAUGUGUACAAUAUUCAGCAUCUCCGUUGUCACGGCUAUUGUUGCAUUUAUCUUUUUUGGAUCACAGAUGUUUUAUACAUUAAAUGGCUACACGAUGUAUGAUUAUCAUACGCUGUGUCGACAGUUCGAAUUACACGGUGACGGUGAGACAUACUCCGAAAGGUUGCAUAUGAUCUUCGGUCAUUACUGGCUAGUAAAUUUCGUUUUUCCGCUGCUCUGUUGCCCGAAUCAACUGACAGCCGAUGUCGCGCGAAACUUAUUUUCCGCAUAUUCGAAAGAUAUGUAA